AUGAGCUAUUCUUGCACCAGCAGACGCAACAGCCGGGACCCGUCAAGCGCUAAGAAGUCCACUGGUAAUAAUCCUGGCAGUUGCCGUGGCGGAGGAGAUACCGGAGGAAGCAGCAGUAACAACAUCAACGGCCAGGCGAGCCCGAACCCAAACGCGAACCAAAACCCAACAGCAGUAAUGAAAGUCAAAAAAGGCUGCAACUCAAUGGAUGUGGGGGUCCCGGCGACCACGGAAGAGGAACUGCUCGGGAACACUGCGAUCACUCCAGAGGACGUAUUGGGCUUGCAGAAGAUCACCGAGAACUACUUAUGUGGGCCAGGUGAGAAUGUGUACAGCAUUGACUUCACCAGGUUCAAGAUCAGAGACAUGGAGACAGGCACAGUGCUGUUCGAAAUCACCAAACCUCCUCAUACAGCAGGAGAUACAAGCGUCAUUGAUCGAAAUGCCGGGAGGUUUGUCCGCUACCAGUUCACCCCUGCCUUCCUCCGGCUAAGACAAGUUGGCGCCACUGUUGAGUUCACCGUAGGAGACAUGCCCAUAGAGAACUUCCGGAUGAUUGAGAGGCACUACUUCAGAGAGAAGCUGCUCAAAAGCUUUGACUUUGAGUUUGGCUUCUGUAUGCCCAGUAGCAAGAACACUUGCGAACACAUCUAUGAGUUCCCCCCUCUGUCUGAGGAUGUCAUGCGAGAGAUGAUCCUGCACCCGUACAAGACACAGUCCGACAGUUUCUACUUUGUGGACAACAAGCUGGUGAUGCACAACAAGGCAGACUACUCCUACAGUGGCAGCCCAUAGAGGAUGGAGGACCAACCAGGCUCCUGCAGACAGACAGACAGAGGGACCAUGUUUCUCAGUGGCACUGUUAACAACCCACUGAUCCCAUGCUCUCAUCCUCCCUCUCAGCCCUAUGGAAAAGCCACAGAAACACCACUGAAGAGACCCAACUCG